GGGUAUCAAAUUUUCUUUGUGAGCGAAAAACUUAUGGAGCUUAUUAUAUAACAAUGCCAGCAUUAUUAAGAAAUCCUAGUUUAUUUAGAAAUUAUUGUCGGAUGAGUGCAACAUUAUUUGAAGAGUUAUGUACUUUAAUUGCACCAAAAAUUAGAAAGCAAAUACUUUGUCGAGAGCCAAUACCACCUGAUCAACGUCUGCUGCUUACAUUAAGAUACUUAGCAUCUGGAGAUUCAAUGAUGUCAUUAAAAUAUCAAUUUUACAUUGAUCAAUCCACAAUAACAAAUAUAAUUGCAGAAACAUGUAAUGCAUUAUGGACAACUUUAGUAUCCAUUAUUCUCAAAAUACCUACAUGUAAUGAAUGGACAAAAAUAGCAGAGAAUUUUGAAAGAAAAUGUAAUUUUCCACAUUGUUUAGGUGCUGUAGAUGGAAAACAUGUAGCCAUACAAGCUCCACCAAACUCUGGAUCUACAUAUUAUAAUUAUAAAAAUUUUCAUAGCAUAGUGUUAAUGGCUGUUUGUGAUAGCAGUUAUAAGUUUCUGUUGGUUGAUAUUGGAGCAGCAGGACGUGAAAGUGAUGGGGGCAUAUGGGCAAGAUGUACUAUUGGUAAAGCAUUCGAAGCAAAGGAAAUGGAUAUACCAUCUCCAGACCAUGUCUUUGAGGGACCUAUUUUGCCAUAUGUCUUGGUAGCUGAUGAAGCUUUCCAAUUGACAAAUUAUACAAUGCGGCCGUUUCCUGGAAAAGGAAGUUUAACUAAGGAAGAACGUAUAUUUAAUUACCGACUUAGUAGAGCGCGCCGUAUGGUAGAAUGCACGUUUGGAAUUCUUUCUUCUCAAUGGAGAAUAUAUAAGCGACCUAUUAAUACAUCGAUACAAACAGCAAGAAAUAUAAUAAAAGCAACAAUAGCCUUACACAAUUUUCUUCGUGAAAAUGACGAAGAUAAUUACAUUUCCGAAACUAUGGAUAUCCCAACAUUAUCUGACAAUGAAACUACAAUAUUUAAAGAUAUAGGCAAUAUUGGAAGCAAUACUCAUACACGGGAAGCAUAUAACAUACGAAACAGAUNUGUUAAUUAUUUUAAUAAUGAAGGUGCUAUUCCAUGGCAAGAAAUGUUGAUAUAAAAUUAAUAUAUUUUGCAAUAUGUACAAAGUCAUGCCUUCUCAUUUUUAUAUAAUAUAGUAAAUAACAUAAUGUAUACUAUAAAAAUGAGAAAGCAGCAUUAUUAAUGACUCCGAUUAUAUGUUAUUUAAAAGAAUACACUGUCAAGAGCACACUUCAUUUUUAGAUUACGUUUAAUUAUUUUGCCAUAAAAUAUCAUUAGAAAUAAAAUAAAG